UUUCGAUUGACGUAUCUACUAUUUACUUCAUGGUAUCAAGGACAUACAUAGGCCUGUACAAAUUGCUUUGAUUACGUGUUGUGAAUUGAUUGACUAUGUGCACCUCAUUUUUGUAUUAAAAACGUCUCUCAUCUAAUUCCGCUUCGAAUCAAAGAUUGUGAUAUUAAGUUAUCUUUGUGCAAGUUGGUGUUAUACUCAGAAACGUGACAAAAUGGCGUCGGCCAUCAACCACGGUGAAAUAACUGAAAUUCUGUUGGAACGUUCGCCAUUGAAUCGGCAACAAGGAAAUAAUUUCCAGAUGAGUGUGUUAUUAAGCGGUCUUUAUGGUAUGGUCGUCUACCUACAAUCGAUAGCUUUUCUCACAAUGUAUAUCAUCAAUUUGUCCAAUGGUGCGAGCUACAAAUCAGAUGACGUUUUUAAUAUCUACACGUCUGUCGUGUUCACAUUUGCUAUCAUCUGGAUGAUUGGAGAUGCUAUUUACAUUAAUGCCAAAUCGUCGGAAAUAGCAAUGGAAAAGAGCGUGGUUUGCAGUGUGUACUUAAAAGGGGGACUGGUUGUCUUUGGAUUUACGGCCGUACUGAUCGCAGUUCUGGAUAUGGCAGUGUUUAAUGACGACAGGGUAUAUGACUUCACUACUACUUUGAGAAUAAUUUACGUUGUAUUGGAAAUGGCGUAUUUGAUCAACUACUCUGACGUCUGCGUUACUCAACAAUGCGCCAUUCGCAGGUUUGGUCUCAUGCAUAUAAUGGUAGCAAAUUUGAAGGAUAUGACGAUGAAUGUUAUAAUCAAUGCUGGUCUUAAAGAUAUUGUCCCCAACCCUACAUCUCCAUUCUUACAUCCUAAUGACACCGCAUUGAUAAAAAGUUGGCGGGCUGUGCGGCCUUAUUUACUAGUCUGUCGACUUCAGUACUCGUUCAUCGCUGCGGGAACAGUGGUUAUCAUGUGGUAUGUUGUUGGCAAGCCUCUCCAGAAUCAGGUUAAGAAUAUUCUGACGUCAUCGAAGAGACGUCAGUCAUCGUGGGUGUCAAGUGUUGGAUUGAUACUCGGUUGCGGGUCCAUCGUUGGUACCAUCAUUGCGACCAUAAUAUCUGAUAGUGAAGUUGAUAACCGAUCAUGCCCCGUGGAUAUCACUUACUACAACCUGAGACUGACCUUAAAUUUGACAACGGUCGUAAGCGUCAUCUUUCUCCUGAUUUACUUUCCACGAUAUUACCGGCUGCCUCAAUUUCAGACGGCUUUUCAAUUGGACGAAGCAAUAAUUUUACUGUGUUUGUUUUUCUACGUUCUGCAAGAGAUGUUCGGCAACCUAAGUUUGGUUUCCUAUGUGGUCGACGACAGGAAGUGUUACCUACGCUCCACAGUUUUAGACGCGUUAUUGACGUUACUUAGGAUUGUACUGCAGACUUUGUUGAUCAUCCAAAGUCUCCGGCUGACUGCGACUGGAAAUUCCACGGAAUGUUUUCGAUCAGUGCUUCUCUUCUUGUCGAUCGUCAACCUAGCCUGGUGGAUUAUAUCACUCACUGAGUUGAACAAUAAUCAGCAUAUUUAUCGAACUCAGAAGGAGCUUUUUGGCAAAGGAACGUUUAAUGUGAUACAUGGAAUUACUGGCCCAUUUGUUGUCUUCUAUCAUUACCAGUCAAGCGUCUGUAUAUUUGAAAUGUGGUCUGCCAAUAAUUUUGAAGUGUCUGUGGACAAAAGACAGUGACGAUACUUGAGCAUAGAAUUACUGAAUUUUUUAAAUGUUUUACCGAUUUUUAUGCUGGAUAAUGAUAAUAUAAAUAAAAAACCAAUUCCAGAGCCUGAAAGUAUUCUAUCAUUUAUUUACUCUAAAAUUAUGGUAAAACUUUUUAGAUACACUAAUUCUUAUGUUCAAUUUGAUUCUCUUAAAUUUAAAAACCAGCAAUGUCAAAAAUUAUUUUUAUGAUUUUUGGGGGGUAAUUGGCAUGGGACAAUCCAUUGUAGACUAUCAAUAACCAUUAUGGAAUGUUCCUUAAUUAAUAUCUGCAGUUCAAAUUAAUGCCUUUCAUCAAAUAUCUUUUAAUCGAUCAUGUUUGUCUAUCUGAUAGUCUGUUUCCUUUCAAGUCGAGUUUUUAUUUCCAACUAACCGAGUAACUCUAAUGCGCAUUCAGUUCAAUUAUUAUAUUUUUCCUGACGCAUUUAUUUUGGUAGUCACUACAUUUUGAUCAAUAAUUGAUUGAACAAUAUUGUGGUUUAAU